AUUUUUUCGGGUUCAAUCUCUUCUCUCUCUCUCUCUUCUCUAUUUAUCUCGUCAUCCAUCGGUUGAGUCAGAGUAGCCGACGGCUGACAUUUUUGUUUUGGUUAAAUCCGGAAGAAACGGAGGUGAAAAGGAUGUAGGAAGACAGAUACAGAGACAGACAGAGAAGAUCUCGUUGGUUGGCCAGCGUUCAAUUAAAUUUGAGCACAGAACUGGGUUUGAGGAUCUUAGGCCAGUGUUGCUGAACAUUCUGAUAGGAGUCAAUAAUAGAACUGUACCAAUUAGUUAUUGAAGUUAGCACCAGUAGUAGAAAGUAUGGACGAUAGUGGGAACCGAGAAAAUGGAAGACACAAACCACCCCAUAGUCAGUGGAUGAUGCAACAGCAGCCAUCUAUGAAGCAGAUAAUGGCAGUUAUGGCUGAAAGAGAUGCAGCUAUUCAAGAAAAAAACCUAGCCAUUUCGGAGAAGAAGCAAGCCCUAACGGAGCGAGACAUGGCCAUCCUACAAAGGGAUUCAGUGAUAGCCGAGCGAAACAACGCGAUUCUGGAACGCGACAACGCCAUCAUAGCUCUUCAGUAUCGAGGGAAUGGGAUGAAUAGUGGCCGUCUUAAUCUUACCCAGUAUGUACAACAACACCAUCAUCACCAUCAUUCUCAGCAGAUUGUAAAUGAUGAGUCCUCCCAAUCAGGUGAUGAAUUCCCAUCACCCAAGAAAUCCAAUAGGAAUAAGAGAACUAAGGAGAAUACCAAUAACAAGACAGCUAAUAAGAAAAUCUCGAAACCAUCUAGAAGAGUGAGGAAGGAUCAGGAACAGGAGGGACAGAGAAGAAGGGUUUCUUCUUCUUCUUCUUCUACUACUACAUCAUCUUCGAAAUCUAAAAAUGAUUGGAAAGCUCAGGAUCUAGGGUUGAACCAGAUUUCAUUUGAUGAUUCAGCUAUGCCAGUGCCUGUUUGUUCUUGUACUGGAGGUAUAAGGCCGUGCUAUAAGUGGGGAAGUGGCGGUUGGCAAUCUUCGUGCUGUACAACAACCAUAUCUUCUUAUCCACUUCCUAUUGUGCCCAAUAAACGCCAUGCUCGUGUUGGUGGAAGGAAGAUGAGUGGGAGUGUUUUCAGCAAGCUAAUCAGUCGCCUUGCUUCUGAAGGUUAUGAUUUGUCAAACCCUGUUGAUCUUAAGGAGCAUUGGGCUAAACAUGGAACUAAUCGCUACAUCACCAUCAAGUAGCUAGCUUUUCGAGCACAGGGAAGGGAAAUCAAUGUGGGCUGGCUUUGUCGUCUUCCUUGUAUCGUGUGUGCUUUUCCUGGGAAUUAUAUUAUGUGGUCAACAAAAAGGCAAGAAUUAACUGUAAGAAACUUCCUAGACAGACAUUGUUGGGGCGGGGCUAUUACCUUUUUAGGUGCAGUUUAUUUUGUUAGAUUUUAAAGAAACGGGUACUAUAUUAUACUAUGCAUCUUUAGCUAUAGCCUCUGAUACUUGUUCGAUAACUUGGUAUUUACAUGCAAUGCAUGCCCAUGGACACACCCAAAAUAAUGCUAGUAAUUAUUCUCAGACUAUUUCAAAC